AUGGCGACGCCGGAGGAGCAGUACGGCCAGAUCCUGGCGCUUCUCGGUCAGAACUCCAAGGGGAUCGAGGAAUGGCACAGUUCCAUGGUGGAGAUGCGGGCCUUGAGGACCGACAUCAACACUUGGAAGCCCAUCGUCGACAGCCGCGUCACCGACCUGGAGCACACGGUGAUGGAUCUCGGCGAGUGCAUGGAGCAGGCGCUGGGGACUCUACUACCGCAAGCACAACCAGUGGACUCCUCGACGGCAACGCUGUCAGGCUACGUCACCAUCGCCCAACCUCCACCGACCACCGCUCCGGGGGACCUCUCUGCCUCCGCGAGCCUGAAGGUGCCGGGCUCCGCCCAUCUGGAGCCUACCCCGCCGCGGGCGUCAUCUGGGUCUAAGGACCACGGCGAAGAAAAUCAUCACCGGGGUACUGGCUUCGGGGUAGUGUAUACCACUACUCCGAUCCCUGCCCCGGUCACAGCUCUGAAUUGGAAUUCUGCCAUUUUCAAUUUCCCCAAAUUUGAUAGUAGCAAUCCGAAACUCUGGAUUAGGAAUUCUGAGACAUUUUUUUAUGUAUAUUCUGUACCUGAGAACCUUUGGGUCAAGUUAGCCACCAUGAACUUCUCCGGGUCUGCUUCCCUUUGGGUUCAGACUGUCCCUGGUUUUGCUCGUAAUCAUUCAUGGAAGGAUCUCUGUUCUGCCAUCUGCAAUGUUGGUGCAUGGAGUGAGCCAAUCAGCACUCAACACCUUGAUUACAGCUUGGUUGAUUUAGAGGAGCGCUCUGUGCUUGUGGGUAAUGCAUUCUAUUUUGGGAUUCGGUUCGCAAACAUAACUCUGAAGUACAAUUUGGAAUCACGUGAAAUGUCUUGGAUUCAGCUUCCAUUCGAAUGCUCCAAUUGGCGGUGUCAUGUGCUCACAACCACGGAGGAAGGUGUGCUGGGGCUCGUCAGUGUAGUUAACUCCAAACUCUCCAUGUGGUUGAGGAAGGAUGCUCCUGAAGUUGAUGCUGGAUGGACAAAGAGUAGAGUGAUUGACCUUAAGACGUUGCUCCCUCUUGAUGGCGUCUUUACCUCACCUCAUGUGUUUGGUUUCACGGAUGGUCUUGGUAUCGUUUUCAUGAUGGUGGGAAGCAUUCUCUACACCAUUGAUUUAAAGACCUAUAAGGUGGAGUUAUACCAGGACACAGGAAUCGGCUAUGUUGUUCCGUACAUGAGCUUCUACACUCCAGGUCAUGACAACUUAGGCUCAGCCAAGAAGAAUUGGAAACUGCUUGUUCAGGUGAGGGACCAAGUGAGGGUGGCUCAACCGAAGAAGGAUCACCAUUCGUUGAGAAUCAGACGUCCGCGCAUCGACGCACUUAUGGAUGCAUUCACAGCCUCCCGAUCUGGCCCAACGACCGCAGGAAGCAAGUCAUCUCAGGCCCCAUAUCGUAAGCAUCGCUGGUCACUGGAUGCCUCGCUCGCAUGCCUCACCAUCCUCAUCCAGGUGCUUUUGGACUCCCAAGGGAAGGGCAGUCUUGACUCUGCAGUUCUACUCGUCAGACUGUUCAGAUAUUCAGAGAGUGUUCCAGGCUGUUCAAAUGUUCAGAGUGUGUCAAGUGUAAAUAGCGGAGUUGACUGUUGGCAGUUCAAUAGCAGAGUGGUUAGAUGGGAUUGUGAGAUUGUAGUGUGA